AUGGACUGGGAAAGACGGAAACUUUGGCGGAAGAGUAUGGAUUUCUCUUCGCCGGUAGCGAAAAGGACGCGGCUUCAGGAAGCCCUAGUCUACAGGAGGUUGUAUGAGGAGAAGAAGAGGAAUGCGGGUGUGUCGAGUAGUGGGAGUCACAAUGACGAUGGUGUUGAGUUUUUGGGUGAGGCGGGGGUUUUUGAUUCUGUACAGAAAUUUGUUGCUGAGUCAGAUGGGAAGAAUAGUGAUAGAAAGAAUAGUGGUAGGAAGAAGAAUGGCGGGGAAAACAGUGGCGAGGAUGUUACUGAUGUAGUUUCCAUUUCAGAUGACUCAGAGGCCUCUGACUACGAGGAGGAGGAGGAUGAUGAUGAUGAUGAUGACUAUAUAGUGGAUCCUACCAUUGACAGAGACGAAAGAGGAAAUCAAGCUUCAAAAUUAGGGAAAAAGAAAGUGGAACUUGGAACUUCCAGUCAUCCAUUUUGUGUUGAUGUUGAUGAGGGUCAGGGUGAGGGUGAUGGUGAUGGUGAGGGUGAGGAGGAAUGGGAGGAAGAGGAGGAAGAAGAGGAGGAGGAGGAGGAGGGGCGUGAUUCCUCAUCUGGGCAUGCUGAAUUCCCAAAAACUAUUGGUAGAAAAGAUAAAGGGGAGUUAGGGAAACACACCAAGAGAAAGCGAAUCCGUGCACUGAAACAUUGCGAUGCUUUGAAGAUUCUUGUGGAUUCCAUUUGGGCAAAGAAUAGCGGGCUUCUGGAAGAACUGGUUUCUCCUAGAGGCAGUGAUUCCAUCGAAGAGACAGAGCCUGCUUUUACGGAGCUUCCGUUAAAAUUCAAGUUUGGAGUGGAUGAGUCAAUACCAUUGGGGAAGUCCCAACCCGAGAUAGGAAUGAAUCAACUUUGGGCUGAGUUUGAUUUUGUUCUUAGAUCGGCUGAAAUCGGCUCCAAGGAAACUAAUGUGGAUGGCGAAGAGGACUUUGUAUCUGCAGAGGUUGAAAUUGAUCAAGCUGUCCUUUGUCAUCAAGGGAAUCAUCAGCUUGUUCUUGAUGAACAAAUUGGAAUGACAUGCAGUUUUUGUUCUUUUGUUCAACUGGAGAUCAAGUACAUCUUACCAUCGUUUAGUAGAAAUCCUUGGGGCAGAUCAGAGAAGGGGAAUGCAGAAGAAGUGGACUGUAACUCCAUUUUUGAUGAGCUUCAGUUCCAGAAACCUGGUUGUGGUUCUCAGUCUGGUUCUGAUCAUGGCCUUCAUCCUGAAGGCACGGUUUGGGACAUUAUUCCUGGUAUUAGAAAUAGUAUGUACAGACAUCAAUGUGAAGGUUUUGAAUUCAUUUGGAAGAAUGUGGCUGGAGGCAUUUACCUUGAUGAGUUGAAAAGAUCAUCCUUUUCUGAUGGUGGCAGUGGCUGCAUUAUAUCGCAUGCUCCUGGUACAGGAAAGACCCGUUUAACCAUAGUCUUUCUCCAGACAUACAUGGAGCUUUAUCCUGCAUGCAGGCCAGUCAUCAUUGCUCCUCGCACCAUGCUCCUUACAUGGGAAGAAGAAUUCAAGAAAUGGAAUGUUGAUAUUCCAUUUCAUAAUCUGAACAAGCUAGAGUACUCUGGAAAGGAAAAUAUAACUGCUUUGAAUUUUCUGAGGAGGAUUAGCCAUCAGGGACAAAGUGCAAAAUCUAUUCGUAUGGUAAAGUUGUAUUCAUGGAAAAAGGAUCGAAGCAUCCUGGGGAUCAGCUACACACUAUUUGAAAAACUUGCUGGAGAACGAGUUCUUGCUGACCAAGAAAAUAAGAAAAUUAAAGUACAGGAUUACACUAAAGUGCAGGUAAGAAAAAUCCUCCUCGAGCUUCCUGGUCUUUUAGUGCUUGAUGAGGGGCACACACCUCGCAAUGAACAAAGUCUUAUCUGGAAGGCUUUGUCAAAAAUUGACACAGAAAGGCGCAUCAUCCUCUCAGGAACUCCUUUCCAGAAUAAUUUUAAGGAGCUUUAUAAUACACUCUGCUUGGUGAGACCGAAGUUUGCUGACAGGAUCGCUGUUGAACAGUAUGGAGGCUUUCGUGGUAAGCGUGGGAGGAAAAGUAAUGUAGCAAGAGGGAAAUGGGAUUUAUUGACCAGUUCCAUUGGCAAAAUUGCCGAUGAUAAAGUAGAGGAACUAAGAGCCAUGAUCGAACCCUUUGUUCAUAUACACAAAGGCACAAUACUUCAAGAAAAUCUUCCAGGGUUGAAGGACUCCGUUGUUGUUUUACAACCAUCUGAUUUGCAGAGGAGGCUCCUUGAAAGCAUUCGAGAAAAAAAGAACCCACUUGAACUGGGGUAUUUAGUGUCCUUGAUAUCUGUACAUCCCUCGCUGUUGCCCUCUGAUGAAAGAAAACUGUUUUUUGACCAGACUAAGUUAGAAAAGCUUAAAUUGAAUCCUGAUAUUGGUGUCAAAACAAAAUUCCUGAUGGCAUUUAUCAGGUUUAGUGAGACCAUGAAUGAGAAGGUUUUGGUCUUCAGUCAAUUUUUAGAUCCGUUGACCUAUUUAAUGGACCAACUUAAACAUCAUUUCCAUUGGAUUGUGGGAAAGGAGGUGUUGUACAUGGAUGGACAGCGUGAUGUAAAGCAGCGCCAGUCCUCAAUUAAUACUUUCAACGAUCCAGCCAGCCAAGUAAGGGUAUUACUUGCAUCAACAAAGGCUUGCUCUGAAGGGAUCAGCCUGGUUGGUGCUUCUAGGGUCAUUUUGCUUGACGUUGUUUGGAAUCCAUCAGUGGAAAGACAAGCUAUUAGCAGGGCAUACAGGCUUGGGCAGAGAAAAGUGGUGUACAUAUACCAUCUGCUUACAUCAGGGACAAUGGAAGAGGAGAAGUACUGUCGACAAGCUAAGAAAGACCGACUAUCUGAGUUGGUGUUUUCUUCUAAGGACAAGACUAGUGCUGGGAACAAAAUUUCAUCCACAGUUUCAGAAGAUAAAAUUUUGGAAGAGAUGGUCCAGCACAACAAGUUGAAAGAUAUGUUUGAUAAGAUAAUAAACCAACCAAAAGAAUCAAAUUUAAUUGAAACUUUUGGUUUGGUGGAUAUCUAGUAAACGUAUUAGUAGUGGCCAAUGGUAUCCUCACGGACUGUUUCAUUCGUUCAAAAAGUUUGGUGGUCCUUGAUCCUGACAGUUUUCUUCAUGGAGUAACACAGAAUGAUUUUUUGAGCCAUUCCCAUUGCCAUCUCUGAUAUUGAAGAAGAUUCUUUAGAUCUGUUGAGGGUAUGGUUGUUUUUGAUAUCUGGCCAAUGCUUCUCCUAUAUCUGGUAAAUAUUUUUUUAUCCUCAUAGAGUUUUGUAAAGCUUUUAGCAUAUGAUGGACAUUAGGUAGCUUCAAUUUUUUGUUUACAUAAGGUUUCUGUUCAUUUGAUUUUACUGUAAAGCUACAAAGUCCAUACCUUUUAGGUCUUUUCUUUUCUAGCUUCUUCCACCUUUUUGAAGGAGAAAGUUUCCAAAUUGUCCUGGAAGUAAAUAUGCUGACCCCAAUUAUAGUACUGACAUUCUUUUGGUUCAGAAAUAUGAUGGCAAAGUCAUAGAGCAAAGGUCAUUUAUAUUAAA